UUUGCUUUUCAUUCAGCUCAGGCUGUUGGGGGAAGGAAAGUCAGAGUCAGACUUACUGGGCUGUGGAUAUCAUGGAUCUCAAACAUAGUUAUUCAGUGAAGCUGAAUGAUGGAAACUUGAUGCCAGUGCUUGGAUUUGGUACAUUUGCUUCGGAAGAAGUCCCCAAGAGCAAGGCCUUUGAGGCCACCAAAGUAGCCAUUGAUGUAGGUUUCCGUCACAUAGAUGCUGCAUACUUCUAUCAAAAUGAGGAAGAAGUUGGACAGGCUCUUCGAGACAAGAUUGCUGAUGGAACUGUGAAGAGGGAGGAUUUAUUCUACACCACCAAGAUUUGGACUACUUUCCUCAGACCAGAGUUGGUUCGUCAGUGCCUGGAGAGAUCACUGAAGAAACUUGGGCUGGGUUAUGUAGAUCUCUGCAUUAUCCAUACACCAUUUGCUAUGAAGCCUGGAGAGGAACUUCUGCCAAAGGAUGCCAGUGGAAAAAUUAUUUUAGAAAUAGUGGACAUUCGUGAAACAUGGGAGGCACUGGAGAAGUGUAAAGACUCAGGUUUAACCAAGUCCAUAGGGGUGUCCAAUUUCAACCACAAACAGCUGGAACUGAUUCUGAACAAACCAGGGCUGAAAUACAAGCCCACUUGCAACCAGGUAGAAUGUCACCCGUAUCUCAAUCAGAGCAAACUUCUGGAGUUCUGCAAGUCCAAAAACAUUGUUCUAGUUGCCUACAGUGCCCUAGGAUCCCACAGAGACCCAAACUGGAUUGACAGUGAUAGCCCAUACCUCCUGGAGGAACCUAUCUUAAAGACCAUUGCCAAGAAACACAACCGAACUCCAGGCCAGGUUGCUCUGCGCUACCUGCUACAGAGGGGUGUGGUGGUUUUGGCCAAGAGCUUCAAUGAGAAGAGAAUCAAAGAGAACUUCCAGGUAUUUGACUUUGAGUUGACCCCGGAGGACAUGAAAGUGAUUGACAGCCUCAACAGAAAUUUUCGAUACAGUAAAAUGUCAUUUGCAGUGGAUCACCCUUACUAUCCAUUUUUGGAAGAGUAUUAAGCACGAGCUGCUAACCAUUACAGAGAUGUUCCUCCUCCAGCCACUGUGGAUGUUUAUUUGGUUGAGUUAUUGAGAAGCAGUAUUACUGCCUCCAGGUUCUUGUCUAUGAAUCUCAAGUGAGGACAUUUAUUUUUCCUGAUGAUUAAAAAUAACACACAAAUUGCAGAUAAUCCAUAAAAUAAAAGGAAGUAUGUGA